AUGACCAUUGCCUCUAGAGCUCUCUUUCUCUUCCAGAAAUCAAUCGCAAAAGCAAGCACUGUAACAACAACACAAAAGUCCCAAGACUGGAGAACCCAAUUCAAACAAACCCAAUUAGUUUCCCAAAUUUCCUCUAUUCUCUUGCAAAGACAAACAAAUCAAUGGCCUUUACUUCUCAAGAACCUCAAACUUUGUUCUUCACAGUUUACUCCAUCUCUCUUCCUACAAAUCCUCCACAACACCCAAGACAACCCACAAGUCUCUCUACGCUUCUUCCACUAUGCCAAGAACAAUCUUGGGUUCCAACCUGAUGCCAAAGUUCUUUGUACACUUGUGUAUAUACUUCUCGGGUCCGGACUAUCCAGACCCGCAAAACCCAUCUUGGAUACUCUCAUUCAAACAUACCCACCAGCCCAAAUUGUAGGUUUCUUGAUUCAGUCAUUGAAAGCUGGUGAAAUUCACAUUCAGUCUUCAGUCUUGAGCUCAGUUCUUGAAUGUUAUUGCAAUAAAGGUUUGUUCUUGGAAGCUCUUCAGGUUUAUCAAAUAGUUAGAGAAUAUGGCUAUUUUGUGUCUGUUAAUUGUUGUAAUACAUUGCUUAAUUUACUGCUCAGUAAGAAUGAUUUAAGACUGGGUUGGUGUUAUUAUGGUUCUAUUAUUCGUAAUGGGGUUCAGGAGAAUGUGGUUACAUGGUCUUUAAUUGCUCAGAUGCUUUGUAAAGAUGGGAAAUUUGAGAAAAUUGUUGCUAUUCUAGACAAGGGGGUAUGUAGUCCUCUUAUUUACAACAUACUCAUAGACUGUUACUCUGAGAGAGGGAAGUUUGAUGCUGCGUUUGGUUAUUUAAAUGAUAUGUAUAGUGAACGCAUUGAUCCAACCUUUAGUACUUUUAGCUCAAUUCUUGAUGGUGCUUGCAAAUAUCAAAAUGCCCAAGUGAUUGAAUCAGUGAUGAGUUCCAUGGUGGAAAAAGGACAUCUCCCGAAAGUUGUGACACCUGACUAUGAUUCUGUGAUUCAAAAGUUCUCUGGUAUUGGAAAAGCAUAUGCAGCUGAAUUGUUUUUCAGGGAAGCUUAUGAAAAAAGCAUUAAGCUACAAGACAAAACUUAUGGCUCUAUGCUAAGGGCAUUCUCCAAGGAAGGUAAAGCUGAAGAUGCUAUUUGGAUGUACAACAUUAUAGUCGAGAGAAAAAUAUUCAUCAAUGGCAAAUGCUAUAGUGCCUUUAUGAGUGUCCUAUGCAAUGAAAUUCCAUCAGUGGAAGUUAGCAGUUUGUUGAAAGACUUGAUAGGAAGAGGAUUUGUACCUCCCGUAUCUCAAGUAUCUAAAUUUAUAGUUUCUCAAUGUGAAAAGCAUCAGUGGAAAGAAGCUGAGGAGCUUCUGAAUGUAAUUUUUCAAAAAGGACUUCAGUUUGAAUCUUUUUGUUGCUGCUCUUUGGUGCGGCACUAUUGCUUUAGCAGAAGGAUUGAUUCUGCCAUUUCUUUACAUACUGAACUAGAGAGACUUGGUGUUGCUUUAGAUGUAGAGACCUAUGGUUUACUACUUGACAGACUGUUUAAAUCAAGACGGCAUGAAGAAGCUCUAAAGAUCUUCGAUUACAUGAGAACACAUGAUAUGUUAAGCAGCGGAAGUUUUUCAAUCAUGAUCAGAGGGCUAUGUCAGGAAGAGGAGUUUAGAAAAGCAAUGAGACUGCAUGAUGAUAUGUUGAAAUUGGGGUUUAAACCUGACAAAAAAGCGUAUAAACGUUUGAUUUCUGGGUUUGGCUAA